GCAGCACGACCUUCACGCUUUACGAUGGAAGGUGUCGGAUCACGGGUCAUCCGUGGACCGGAUUGGAAAUGGGGCAAGCAGGACGGUGGCGAGGGGCAUGUCGGUACGGUGCGCAAUUUUGAGUCCCAGGAAGAGGUGGUCGUCGUUUGGGAUAAUGGAACCGCGGCCAACUACCGAUGUGCCGGUGCGUACGAUCUGCGCAUUCUGGACAGUGCACCGACGGGCAUUAAGCACGAGGGUACGAUGUGUGAUACGUGCCGGCAGCAACCCAUAUUCGGUAUCCGUUGGAAGUGUGCCGAAUGUAACAACUACGAUCUGUGUUCGAUCUGUUAUCACAGCGACAAGCACCAUUUACGGCACCGGUUCCACCGUAUCACCACACCGGGUGGUGAGAAAACGUUGCUGGAACCGCGUCGAAAGUCGAAGAAGAUUGCAGUCCGAGGAAUAUUUCCGAGCUCGCGCGUUGUGCGCGGCGUAGACUGGCAGUGGGAGGACCAGGACGGAGGCAACGGACGGCGCGGCAAGGUGAACGAAAUCCAAGACUGGUCGUCGGCUUCACCCCGGUCGGCCGCGUACGUUGUGUGGGACAAUGGGGCGAAGAAUUUGUACCGUGUCGGAUUCGAAGGUAUGGCCGAUCUGAAGGUAAUGAACGAUGCAAAGGGUAUGACCGUGUACCGGGAUCAUCUGCCGCUGUUGGGCGAGUACGGGCCGGGCCGGGCACCGAACAACUUCCAGAUCGGCGAUCAGGUGACGGUGGAUCUGGACAUUGAGAUCGUACAAUCGCUACAGCACGGACACGGCGGAUGGACGGAUGGAAUGUUCGAGUGUCUCAGCACCACCGGUACGGUGGUGGGCAUUGACGAGGACCAUGACAUAGUGGUCGCCUAUCCUAGCUCCCACCGUUGGACGUUCAAUCCGACCGUGCUGACGAUCGUGUCCUCGCCAAUGAUGAUGCUCACCGACAAUCAGCCGCAACAGUUUGCGGUUGGUGAUUUCGUUAAGAUUUGUAGCGAUCUGGAACGUAUUAAGAUUCUGCAGCGCGGACAUGGCGAAUGGGCGGAGGCGAUGGUGCCGACACUUGGUAAAGUGGGCCGCGUGCAACAGGUGUAUCAUGACAACGAUCUGAAGGUGGAAGUUUGCAACACAUCCUGGACCUAUAAUCCCCUUGCCGUGACGAAAGUUGCUUCCUCCUCCGAUGGUGCUACUGCUGUGACAACGAACGGCGAACGGCUGUCAGCGAUAUUGAAGAAACUUUUCGAACCUCACACAUCGGGCGAUACCACCGAAGAGCUGGUAAAAGCCGCCGCCAACGGUGACAAAGCGAAGGUGGAGAAGUUUCUUACCGGUACGACUGCCGAGCAGAAUGUGACACCAUCGUCCUCCAGCAUGGGCGACACACAGCCGGUCGUGAAGGUCGAUGUGAACGGUGUCUUUGCGGGACAUACUGCGCUGCAAGCAGCUAGCCAGAACGGGCACCUCGAGGUGAUCGAGAUACUGCUCCGUCACAGCGCCGAUGUAGAGAUUGAAGAUAAGGACGGCGAUAGAGCCGUUCAUCAUGCAGCGUUCGGCGAUGAACCGGGUGUUAUGGGAAUGCUAGCGAAGGCCGGUGCUGAUUUGAACGCACGCAACAAACGUCGUCAAACGGCGCUUCACAUUGCUGUGAACAAGGGACAUUUUAACGUGGUAAAGACACUGCUGGAGCUAAAUUGUCAUCCGAGUUUGCAGGACUCGGAGGGCGAUACGCCACUGCACGAUGCGAUCUCGAAGGAGCACGACAAUAUGCUCGCGCUGUUGCUUGAUAACGGUGCGGACAUAACGCUGACCAAUAAUAAUGGCUUCAAUGCUUUGCACCAUGCAGCGCUGAAGGGAAACCCCAGCGCGAUGAAGGUUUUGCUUACGAAAACGAACCGCCUGUGGAUCGUGGAGGAGAAAAAGGACGACGGAUACACGGCACUGCAUCUGGCUGCGUUGAACAAUCACGUGGAGAUCGCGGAACUGCUCGUCCGCAUGGGCAAAGCAAACAUGGACUGCCAGAACGUGAACCUACAGACGGCGCUGCAUCUAGCGGUCGAGCGGCAGCACGUGCAGAUCGUGAAGCUGCUUGUGCGCGAAGGCGCCAAUCUUAACAUUCUGGACAAGGACGGUGACACGCCGCUGCAUGAGGCGCUGCGCCAUCACACCCUGUCCCAAUUGCGCCAACUGCAAGAUGUUGAAGGAUUUGGAAAAAUACUGAUGGGAUUGAGGAAUAAUACGGACAAGAAAGCGUCGGCAUCGAUCGCCUGUUUCCUAGCAGCGAACGGAGCUGAUUUGACGGUGAAGAAUCGCAAGCUGCAAACACCGUUGGAUUUGUGUCCCGAUCCGAAUCUCUGCAAAACGUUAAUCAAGUGUUACAACGAGCGUAAAACGGACGAUAUGGACAUGAUAGCGGCAAGCGGUGUUGGUGUCGGCACUAGCAUGCCGCCGAAUGUGAUACGAGCUGGUCUCCGAACGAACGCUGGCGAACCGACCGCUUCGACGUCAGGCUCGUCUUGCAAUCCUGGCACGAGUGGUCUCAGUACCGGCGGAUUGAAUCAUGCACAGAUCGAUGCUACGCUGCUUAUGGGUGGUGCUGUCGGUGGCAGCAGUGGACCGCUGGACGAAUGUCUGCUCUGUUCCGACCAGAAACGUGACACGGUGUUUAAACCGUGCGGGCACGUCGUGUGCUGCGAGAACUGUGGACCACGGAUCAAGAAGUGUUUGAUUUGUCGCGAGUCGGUGCUGUCGCGGGAAAAGAUCGACGAGUGUCUCGUUUGCUCCGACCGGAAGGCGUCGGUGUUCUUUAAACCGUGCGGUCAUAUGGUUGCGUGUGAGCAUUGUGCACCGAUUAUGAAGAAAUGCGUCCAGUGUCGUACGCAGCUCGAACAGAUGGUACCGUUGUCGGUGUGCAGUGGCGGGCAGGGCAGUGUCAUCAACAUUCAGCAUCACGUGGAUGACGGCAAGAAGGAUCUGCUGCACAAUCAUAACGCAUCGCAGCAGCAGCAGCAGCAGCUGUUGCAGGGUACGAACAAGGCAGGCCUUGGCGUUGCCAUGAACAACACAAUGUCACCGAACGCCAGCUCAAUGACGGGUGUGUCAGCAGGUGUGCUGGGUAAUAAUGGACUGUUGACGGGUGGAGGAGGUGGUUCUUCUAGCAGCAACAACGCAACGCCACUGACCACCACCAACAAUACCUCGGUUGCGUCCGGUGUUGCACCGAACAAUCUCAAUCUGGUGGACGAUUUUCAGAAGCUACAACAGCAACUGCAGGACAUUAAGGAACAGACAAUGUGCCCGGUUUGUUUCGAUCGUAUCAAAAAUAUGGUUUUCCUGUGCGGCCAUGGUACGUGUCAGAUGUGUGGCGAUCAGAUCGACGGCUGUCCGAUCUGUAGGAAGACGGUGGAGAAACGUAUUCUUCUAUUCUAA